AUGGAGGAGUUCAGGCAGAAGUACUUAUCCCUGUGUAAGGAAAAAGGUGUGGAACCCCAAAAAAGUAUCUUGGACAAACUGCAGGAUGGCCGCUCUUCCCGUCUGGAUGUGAGUGGUCUGAAUCUGUCAUCAGACACCUGCACGCUCCUUGCCCGUGCCUUUCAGGAAGACAUUUUCUUUACAGAGCUGUCUCUCAGUGACUGCAUGCUUGGUGAUGAAGGUGCCAAAGCUCUUCUCGCUGGUCUUUUUCACAAUACAUCGCUCAAAGUUUUGGAUUUAAAGGGAAACAACCUGAAAUCAUCAGGGGCUGAGAUUUUGGGAAAGCUGCUGGCACGAAACAAUACUCUGAUUCGGUUAGUGCUAGACUGGAAUGCACUCGGAGUGUGGGAUGAAGCCUUCACUAUCUUUUGCGAAGGUCUGGGUUCUAACAGUGCGCUUACACAUCUUGACCUGCGGAAUAAUCAGAUCAACCAUCAUGGAAUGUUGGCGCUUGCGCAGGCACUUAAACACAACAGCAACCUGAAAGCACUUGAUCUCAGGUGGAACAAUAUUGGUCUCCUUGGUGGCAGGUGUCUCCUGGAGGCUUUGAAGAGCAACCACAAUCUUGAGCAAUUGGACUUGGCGGGGAACAACAUACCAAGUGACACAUUCAAAGCUCUCGAGCAUAUUGUUGGUCGCAACACAGAUCAACGAUCCACUAUGAGAGAAAACCACAGCAGAACGCAGGUCCUCAGCAAGGAGAUUCAGAACCUGAAGCAAGAGAAGGGACGUCAGUUCCAAAACUUGAUGGUGACCAUUGACAGGCAAAGAGAGGAAAUGGGUAAAUCAAACAGGUCCACAAGUGUACAGAUCAGUCAACUCCAAGAAACCCUAGAUGAGAGGAAGUCAGCUGUAAAUUCCCUCACUGCGAGGUUGCAGAUGAUGGAGGCUGCCCUUGCUCUCUCUGAGCAGAAAAAUCACAGCCUGGCUGAGCUAAUAGCAAGACUGAAGGUUGAGAAGGAGCAACUCAUAGAGGCACAGAUCAGAGAGAGGAAAAAAGAACAUGAGGACAUUGUUUCCAGAGAAGGAAAGCUUAUCAGAGAAAUCCAAAACUUGACAGAAACCAAUGUGCAACUAAAAAAUAAGGUGGAGGAAGGGGAGCGCAAAUGCAAAUCCCUCCAGCAGCAGCUUUUUGAGAUCAAGCAGGACAUGACCAACACCACAGCUGAGCUGAAGCUUAAACUUGCACAGGCAGAAGACCACCUGGAAAUUGAGAAGCGAAGGUUCAAGCAAGGCCUUGAGGACAUGGAUAAUCUGCGACAAAGAGAGGUUGAACAUGUUAAUCGGCAUCGAGAGGAAAGUGAGAAAGCCCUACAGGAACGAAUCUUCAAAUUGGAAGGACAAAGAAUUCAACUAGAGGAGGACCUAAGUAAGGCUAAAGCAGCAUGUGUGGCAGAAAGAACCCAGGCAGAAGAGGAACUGAGUAAAGCUCGCUCUCAAGUGCGCCAGGAAGAGCAGGAACGCGUGCUAUCGUUGGAGGAGAAGCUUCGCUCAGUGCGUAACUCCUUGCAGGAGCUCCAGCUGCACUUCUCCCAACAGAAACAAAUCAUCGCUGAGCAGCAGUCCAAGAACUGUCAGCAGACCAUUGAGACAGAUUGCCUGCGACGCAGAAUAGAGGAGCUCCAGCAGGAGCUGUCCGGGAAGGACCAGGAGAAGGUGACCGAGGUGAACCGAGUGCGCUUAGAGCUACAGGAGCAAAUCGGUCACUUGGAAGCCGAAAGGAUCGCACAAGGAGGACUGAAAGAGAAGAUCAGCGCCCUCGAGAGGGAAAUUAAAGUACUGAGUAGUAAUCACCGAGAGGCGCUGCUCGACAAAGAUUCCGAGAUGUCUUCGAUGCUGGAGAAGCUUCGACUUAAAGAAGCAGAGAUCAAGAGGAUAAGGGACGAUGAAGCCCAAAGAACAACAUACCUACAGAAUGCCAUUCUCACAUACGUUCAAGGCUCGCCUCUGUCACAGUACAAUAGCGCCAAUAAGUGA